UGACACCUCUAGACAAAUGUCUUCCGGUCUCACUGCGUCUCUCAGAAAGGAAAAUGGCGGCUAUCGGACGCGUCUCUCAAACUUUGCUGAGGUCUUCUUUGACCCAGACCCGGCGUCAGCUUUCUGCUACUGCUUCUGCCGGACACGGCGAGCAGGCAGCCAGGACAUGGAAGAUCCUCAGUUUCGUGGUUGCCCUCCCGGGUGUUGCAGUGUGCAUGUUGAACAUGUACCUGAAAAUGCAGCAUCAUGUCCAUGAACAGCCAGAGUUUGUCCCUUAUAGCCACCUUCGCAUUCGCACCAAGCGUUUCCCUUGGGGAGAUGGCUCCAAAUCCCUUUUCCACAACGCAGAGAUGAAUGCUCUUCCUGCUGGCUAUGAGAGCCACGAUGAGUAAACCCUCCCUCCAGACCUCCGUCAGCGUUACUGGACCACUUCUCCAUUUACAGUUUACUCUUCUUCUUAUGUUGCGUUUACCUCUGUGCUCUCAACAUGGGGCACCUGAACCAACAGUUCCUUUUACUCUGGACCAUUAAGCAAAUUGUCAGACUUUAAUUAUAUUAAUUAGUAAAUAAAGUAACUAUUAAUACCUCAAA